AAUUCAUGAUGUCAACAUGUCAACAAAUGUCCUCACAAUCACAGUUAUUAGCGAGGAUAUUGUCAAAUGUACAAUUAACUGAACAGGCUACCAAUUAAAAUUGAUUCUCGUCUCUAUAUAUAGACUAGUUGCCCUCAGCUCUUUAAACAGAGCACAGAAAGCAUCGGCAGGUCAAGUCAUGGCUCGGUUAUUCCAGCUGCAGGAGAACUGUCUGCGCCUGAUGGGUCACAACAUGGAGAGUUCUGGUGAGGGGAGUCCGUCCCUUGGCCUUCGGCACGUUGUAUCGUUAGUAUUCGUGCUGUCCGCCGAGUAUCCAAUGCUGUCGUAUGUCGUCUAUAAUCGGGAUGACAUGGAGCUGAUUACGGCCUGUCUCAGUGUCGCAUUCACCAACUUGGUGACUGUCACCAAGAUAUGGACGUUCCUCGCUUACAAACGAAGCUUCUUUCAAAUGAUGCAGAGUUUCAGACAACUUGAUUCAAAAUCUCAACAUGGAACAGAAGGCUAUGGGUAUGUGGAGCACGGUAACAAAUUGGCCACGUUGCUGGGCCGUGCGUAUUGUCUGUCCUGCGGCUUUACUGGACUCUACUUCAUGCUUGGACCCAUCAUCAAGAUUGUCACCAACAACUGGCGGGGCGUGCCUUAUGAUAGGGAGCUGCCCAUGCCUAUGAAGUUCCCUUUCAAUGAUGUCGAGAGUCCGGGCUACGAAAUUGGCUUUAUCUAUACCCUGUUCGUAACUAUCUUUGUGGUGCUGUAUGCCUCGGCUGUGGAUGGGCUGUUCAUAUCGUUUGCGAUCAAUUUACGCGCCCAUUUCCAGGCGCUACAACAGAACAUUAACCUCUUGGCCUUUGAGCAGGAAGAGCAGCUGGUAGAGAAGCAAAUGGCCGAUGUAGUCGACUACCAUGUGCAGCUGCUUAGCCUGUCCAGGCAACUGCGCCACAUUUACACGCCCAUCGUCUUUGGACAGUUCUUUAUCACCUCGCUAGAGGUGGGCGUCAUAAUCUACCAGAUCGUGACGCACUUGGAUUCCAUCAUGGCCCUUCUUGUGUACUUUUCUUUUUUCUGCUCCAUAAUGCUACAGCUCUUCAUAUACUGUUAUGGUGGGGAGGUUAUCAAAGUGGAGGGCCUACGAGUUGGGGUGGCUGUCCAGACAUCCAAUUGGCAUUCGGCUACCCACAAACAAAGACGUUCCUUGAUUUUUAUCAUGCAUCGCUCCCAACGAGAGGUGCUCAUCAAGGCGGGCUUCUACGAGGCUUCCUUGGCCAAUUUUCUAGCGAUUCUUCGGGCUGCCAUGUCGUUUAUAACGCUGAUUCAGUCGAUAGAGUAAAAUACACAAUGCAAA